GCGGAAACAAAGCGGCUUUCCGAAAGCUUUUGACCGUCAGAAAGUCUUCACUGGACAGUACCAUGGUGUCAUUUCUCAAUUCCAAGGGGUCAUCCUUCGACCACGGCGACCCUGUCGGGUGGCUCUCUAAAGAGCGCGAUGACGACGGCCCUGACGAUGGCCAAUGUCCGGUCUCCCCGUCGCUCUCGGCGAAGACUGACCCUGUGGACUGGCUGAUGGAGGAGAAGGAGGGAGGGAAUUCGUCGGACGAGUCGGCAGAGUCGUUUGACAUCGGAGACGAUAAGGGCAUCGAGGUGGUGCGGAUGAGCCUCGUGCAGGUGGUGCUGGGGUGGCUGGGCUUCUUCGGGAGCUUCCUUCACCCUCUGCUGUGGUUCGUGCCGUUCCUGCCGAAAGGUAAGACACCUAGUGCCACUCAGGCGGAGGGAGAUGGCAAGGAAACCGUCCGCUCGCGUGCUGUGUGUGGCGAUGUGAUGCAGGUGGCCGUCGGUCUCGUGAGUUGAUGACCAAGUCCGAGAUUCGCCGUUUCUACAAGGACAAGAAGAAGUGGGAGAAGCGCAUGGCCCGUGCCAUGAAGGAGGCACAGGCACUCAAGGAGAUGGAAGAAGCGAAUAGAGCCCGAAAGGCCUUCAGCACCACAUCCACAGCCGCAUCCCUCAGCUGCUCGCAGUCGUCAUCGUCUGCUCAGCUCAUCCUGCCCACCUCCAUCAAGAACUACUACCUGACCGACCACCACGACUGCGGGUCGCCGAGCAACGCCAGCGCCACCACGGCAGCCACGCCGGUGCACCGACCCAAGACACAGGGGGGCAAGGGCAAGGGACACCAGGGGUCCGACAACGGUGGGGCGGAGAGGAAGGAGGCCAAGACCAUCAAGCCGUCGCUGUCGCCCAUCAUGGCCUACCAGGAGAACCAGAAGAACCGCAAGGCCAACGCCAAGAAGCGGCGCAAGAACCGACACUAGCUGACCACACCACACGAGACACGCCAGAGAGGGGGAGCGAGAGGGAGGGAAAUGAUAGGGGGAUGUGAGGUCAACCGACAAGCGAUGGCAGAGGCUAGCUGGCUGGCGGCUGUUGGGCUGCUGGCCUGGUCACCCUCUCCCCUCAGAGUCUUCACCUCUACCUAUCCUGUCUGAUGUGAUUGUGGCUGCGGAUGGAUGAACAUGCGUACGUGCGGUAAGUACAAGCAUGCGGGCGUCUGGCCGACUGACUGACUGACUGACUCACUGCAUGGGCUGUCCGUCAGUCAGUCAGUCAGCGAAACGACGUUUUUAAGUUGCCGAUUCUGGUUGCAUGUAUGUGAAUAUCGCUGGCUGGCUGGGUGGACUGCAUUUGCAUUGCAUUUGGUGUCGAUUAGACUGGAUGAAUUGAAUGUUUGCCUGUCUGCCCCUACGCCUGCCCUGCCUUAAUUGCCCGUGUGUGCGAUCUGAUUGAUGCAUUUGCAAAUGGCUGGCUGGCUCGUCCGACUCACACCGAUAGAUAUGAUAUUUGUGAGGCGCGAGCAACCUAUGUACUCUCUUGUCUUCCUCUGCACACACGCCCGGGUGCUGGGAUGGAUGGAUGGAUGUGCUGCCAAGUGUCUGUGUGUGGACGGACGUGACAAUUGCGAUGAUCAUAACAUAAAUGCCACUUCACUCA